ACGUGUCAGUCGGGGGUCUCCGCGGUGAUCAGCGCCGACUAUGCACCGCUCCGCCGCCGCCGCUCUAGGAGCGGCGCUGCUGCUGGCCGUGCUGGCCGCGGCGCGGGCCGAGGAGGCCAGCGUGGUGGGCGAGCCGCUCUCCAUCGCCGCCUUCAACGUCCAGCGCUUUGGCAUCACUAAGAUGCAGAAACGAGACGUCAUGGACCUGCUGGUCAGGGUCCUGUCCCAGUACGACAUCACGCUCGUGCAGGAGAUCGUGGACGUCUCGGAGACGGCCAUCCACAACCUGACGGCGCGGGUGGCCGCCGCCACCGGCCAGCCUUACAGCGUCACCGUGUCGCCGCGGGUCGGCAGGAACGCGUUCGAACAGUACGCCUACGUCUAUAGAUCGGACCGCGUUGGAGUACGGAGCGCCCUCAUGUACCCGGACCCCAGCGACGUGUUCGAGCGGGAGCCGUACAUCGUCACGUUCGCCCUCGAUGACGUCCGGUACCUCAGCGAGCUCACCCUGGUCGGCAUCCACACCCAGCCCAGAAAGGCCGACGUUGAGAUUGACGCACUGUCGGACGUGCUGGACUACGUGCAGCAGGAGAUGAGCGCCAGUAAUGUCGUCCUAUUGGGCGACUUCAACGCCGGCUGCAGCUACGUCACGGAGACGGAGUGGGCGGUGAACCGACUGAAGAGUCGCCAAGACGUUGUGUGGACCAUCGCCGACUACACAGACACCACCGUCUCAAGUACAAACUGCGCCUACGACCGGAUCGUGCUGAACGGAGACGCCUUGCUGAACGCCGUGGUGGACAACAGCAUCGGCCCCUUCCGCUACGACGAGGCGUGGGGCAUCGGGUUUGAGCUGACGGAGGAUGUCUCCGACCACUACCCGGUCAAUCUGCAGCUGAAGCCGAAGACAGUGAGGGCGGCCGAGCAGUACCUGUACCCGCUGGACGUGUUCUCCGUCACCGACCGGCGCGGCGUGCCGGCCGAUGACGUCAGAGCUCUGACCACCGCCGCUGAUACGGCCCAGUACGACGUGCUCGGCCUCUACGACGCGCAGAGUCAGCUGGUCAAGGUCGAGGCUUCGUACAGGUCCUACAAGCUCUCAGGCGAUGGAAUCUUGGACACGCUUAUCAGCUUCCAGACUAAGUUCCCCAGCAUCGUCUCCAACUACGACCUGGGUCUGCUGCGCUACAAGAUCGAGGCGGGCGCCCUGAAUGACCCGACCGUGUACGAGGCAGCCGAUGCGCCACGCUGGUACGCCCAGGUUUCCUGCUCCAUGGCGUCCAAGCCUCGCUGCCAGGUCACCGUGGAGAAGCGCACACUCGUGGCCUGAGUCAGCUGAUCGGACAGGUCACGCGUCGGUGUCACCUGACCGGACAGGUCACGUGCCUGAGUCACCUGAUCGCACAGGUCACGUGGCGGCGUCAGCUGAUCGGACAGGUCACGUGCCUGAGUCACCGGAUCGGACGGGUCACGCGUCGGUGUCACCUGACCGGACAGGUCACGUGCCUGAGUCACCUGAUCGCACAGGUCACGUGGCGGCGUCAGCUGAUCGGACAGGUCACGUGCCUGAGUCACCGGAUCGGACAGGUCACGUGCCUGAGUCACCUGACCGACCGGACAGGUCACGUGCCGGCGCCACCUGACCGGACAGGUCACUUGCUGGCGUCACUACAUUCGACAGGUGACGCGCCAGUGCCAACGCGUACAACGGAGCGUGAGGAGUCAGUCAGUCGCACAGUCUGGUGGUGGUCGGUGACGGCGGGUCGCUAUUGCCCGAAGCGGCAAUUAGGGUGGUUGUGGGUUGUGAAUACACGGGAAGUGCCGCGUACGGUCUCUUAAAUAAAUGUAU